UCUAGAAACUUGUCGUAAACAAUACUCAUCUCUCCGACAAAUUGAUUGGCAUCUGAGAAAUGUUAGUCGGCAGGACCACCUCCCGGAUUGCAAGGACCGUCGUUACUCGGUACCGAACCUCUUUAAUCCUCAAUGGCGGACUUAACAAUCAUCUCCCAAUUUCAACCUUUAGAAAUCAAUUUCACUCGCUUUCUGAUUCACAAAACAAGGUGAUAGCAGGUCAAAUAUCAUCAUUGUAUAAUUCUACUUGCAAUCUGUCGGCUUUUCAAAGGUUCGGGUUCUCGUCAUCUGCAUCUCCAGAAUCCAAUGAGAAGGAAAGUGAAAAUGGAAGAACAACUACAGGCAGCUCAAAUGAUGAAAAAGAAAGUGCAAAUUCUGAUGACAAAGGACAAGGUGAGGAAGACUUGACAAUGGAGGAUCUGAUUAAACUUGUAACUGAGAAGGAGGAACUUUUGAAGAUAAAACAAGAAGAAAUUGAGAAAAUGAAAGAUAAAGUUCUUCGAACAUAUGCGGAUAUGGAAAACAUCAUGGACAGGACCAAAAGAGAGGCGGAGAACUCAAAGAAAUUUGCAAUUCAGAACUUUGCAAAGAGUUUGCUGGAUGUUGCAGAUAACCUGGAUAGGGCUUCUUCGGUUGUAAAAGAGAGUUUCGCAAAGAUUGAUACAUCUAAGGACACUGCUGGAGCUGUUCCACUUCUGAAAACACUUCUAGAAGGUGUUGAAAUGACUGAAAAACAGCUGGCAGAGGUUUUGAAGAAAUUUGGCGUGGAGAAGUAUGAUCCAACAAAUGAGGAAUUUGAUCCAAAUAGGCAUAAUGCAGUUUUUCAAGUACCAGAUGAUACAAAGCCUCCUGGUACAGUUGCAGUUGUGCUCAAGGCGGGAUACAUGCUGCAUGAUCGAAUCAUACGACCUGCCGAAGUUGGUGUGACCAUAAAGGCAGAUUAAAAUAACAACUGGUGUUAGAUCCUGAUAUAUCGUCUCUUAACUGAGAUUAUAUUAGAUUUUGAACAUUUUAUCAUGUUAGCAUGGUGCACUCCUUUGCUGAGGAAAAAAAGCUUUAUUAAAACUGAACUUUUUAUUGACCUCAUUUUUUGUAGAAACUGUAAUAAUACAUGGUUACAUUGAGGAAUAGGGUAUAGAGAUCGUCUCAAAUCGCCAAAUAAGCAGAACCCAAAUGGGUUGAAAGCAGGUUAUUUUUUU